GUUGUUGUCAGAUGGGGACACGGUGUAACAGGGGAAGGUGUCUGCCGGUUGGAUAACGAGCACUUACCGGACACCGAGCUGUGUGACCGCUCCCCUUACCCCCCAGGGGUCUCUGGGUAAACCUCACUGGACCUCCAGGCCCUGUGUGAGCUGGGAUAGGCCUCAGGGCCUGGAUCACACAGCCUGCAGGCCGAGCCAGGAGAACCAGCAACACUACAUGUGCCAGCAUGACAGUGAAACUGAAGACUGGAGAGGAGAGGUUGAAAAAAUCCAAUAAGAGAGCACUGGGACCUGAGGAAUUGGAAGAGACGGCAGAAGUGGAAGAUCCAGGUGUAAAAGGGGCCGGUGAACCCCUUCCUGAGACCACGGAUAAAGAUCCCCAAGAGGCACUGACCCCAAGCCAGCCACCCGCAACUCCGCAGGACCAGCAUCAUUUUCUGAGAUCCAGCGUCCGGCCACACAGCAAAAGGAUAAAGAAGGAUCACUUUGGCAAUGCAGCGAGUACCAGUUCUAAAAGCAAAGCACCAGACAAUGCAACUCCCUCUUCAACUAGCUGCUCCACUGUGGCCCCCAGUGCUCCCAAGGCAUCAGGUCGAAACAUAGCUCCCCCACCUGCUGAGAAAGAAGAUGGAAGUCAGAAAAAAGUGCGGCGGCAGUGGGAGUCAUGGAGUACUGAAGAUAAAAACAUGUUCUUUGACGCACUGUUUGAACACGGGAAGGACUUUGAAGCUAUUCGAAAUAAUAUCGCCCUGAAAUACAAGAAGAAAGCCAAGCCUGCAAGCAUGGUGAAAAACAAGGAGCAGAUUCGGCAUUUUUACUACCGGACGUGGCACAAGAUAUCGAAGUACAUAGACUUCAACAAUGUAUUUUCUUGUGGUCUGAAAAAGUCUUCACAGGAACUUUAUGGGCUGAUCUGUUAUGGGGAGCUCCGGAAGAAGAUUGGUGGCUGUAUGGAUAAUAAGAAUGCCGCCAAACUGAAUGAACUCAUACAGCUGGGAAUAACCACGGUUCGGUACAAAGGCAGGAACUUGCGGAUCAAAACACCCAUGUGUCGCGCGUUGAAGAAGCUGUGUGACCCGGAAGGAAAGACAGGUGUGAGCGAUGAAGAAGAUCAAAAGCCAGUAAGACUUCCCCUUAAAGUGCCUAUAGAACUUCAGCCUCGGAACAAUGAAGCUUGGGCUAGAGUGCAGAGCUUGGCUCAGAAUCCCCGACUAAGGAUGAUUGUCGAAUUGCACCGGAAGGUUUCAAGCCUCAUCGAGUUUCUCAAACAGAAGUGGGUGCUGCACGAGACCCGUGUUAGGAAAACGGUUGAGGAUCAGCAGCAGCCUGAGCCGAAGCCACAAGAACCCGAGGAGGAGUUGUCCCUUUUCCCGUUAGAGUCAGUCAUGCUGACUCCUUUGCCUGGCGUAGCCAGGGUAGUUCACUCCAAGGCCUUCUGUACCGUCCAUUGGCAAGAGACUGGCAAGUGCAAGCAAAGUUCUAAAGAUAUGUAUCUCCUUCCUCCUGCUCAAAUUCUUGGCAUCCAAACUGGGCAAGGCACAGCUAGGGUACAGCUGAAGUGUCCCCGAGGUGGCGCAGAAAGUAAGCAGGGGAACAAGGUAGAUGGCGUUACUGAUGUCUCUCAAGAAAGGACUCAAACAGUGGAAAAUGGCUCCCUGGAUAAUGUGCCAUCUGAAGUGGUUACACAUUGUCCAAGGACUCCAGAUGAAGUUCCUCCUGAGCUUGUGGACUCCCCAACAGAGGCAGCUCUUGAUGUGGCUGGAAGCCAGCCUCCUGCCAUAGAGGAGCUCUCACUAAUGGAUCCAGUCCCUCCUUACCUAAAGUCCUGCCAGAAUCUUAUUAUUCCAGAGGAAAGUAUUUGCACAGACAAAGUAUCUGCAAGCUCCCCUAAAUCUCCAGAGACACUUCCUACAGCUUCAGAAGAAGUAAAUGUAGGCCAAGAGUCAAAAGAAAGCCAGGCAGGAAAUAUCCAACCAGAUCCUUGCACUACAGAAACUUCAGGAAUGGACACUCAGGAGAAGGAUUGUGGUUCGUCUAAAACUCCCAGAAUGGACUCUAAACAGUUCACUGAGCACUUGCUCCAGGAAGGCUGGAACAAUCGGACAUCGGGAAAUCUGACAUUGGCCGAGGUCUACCUCAUGCUUGGGAAACCAGGAAAAUUGCAACUGGAAUACGAAUGGCUUUUGCCUUCAAGUCCAGAUGGUCAGAGGUCUCCUCUGCACCAUAAGCAGAGACUUCUAAACUGCCUUUUACGCCUCAUCUCUACCGAGUUGAACCCCAAAACUGGUCCUGAAACUGCCUCCGUGGCCACUUCCCCUCUUAAACUGCCCUCUCAGGAGCAAGCGGUGGCACCAAGACGGAAAGUUGUGACUUUACUGUCCAGGAACCCUGAUAUCCUGAGGACGCAGUCUGUACCACAGAUCCACGCUACGUUCACUCAACAAUCCAGUACCUCAGGUUUCACAAAUCUGCCCCGUCCUCUGUUGAUUAGAGGACCUUUGGCGGCGGUGCCAACUAGCAGUGACGUCGGAGUAUUUGCAGUUCCUACAAUGUUGCCCCCCAACAGCCGCCAUACUAAACCUCCUUCCCCUGGUAAAGAAUCGGAAAUCCCAAACCACCAACAGCUGGAUGCUAUCAAUUCUGAUUUCUUCUUGCCGAAGGCCAAGAAGCCCAGAAGUAGACACCCACGGAAGCCCUUGGUUGUCCAGCGGACUCUGCUCCAGCGACCGUCUGUUAACUCCUCCCCCCACGUGUGCUCUUUCUCCAUCUUGACAAACUCUGCUGUGGCAGGCAGGGGCUCCUUUAGACCUAUCCAUUCCUCCAACAGCAAGACACAUCCAAUUGUUCCUAAGCCUCCCCCAAUCGCCAAUUCUCUAGCCAGUGCCAUUGAUCUCGCUGCUAAGAGUGCGGGUAUUAUCCCAGGAAAUGUGCUUCCAGUACUAGACACAGGGGGCUUGACUGGCAUUGGCAUAUCUGGCACAGCUCAGGAAUCUCUAACUAACCGUGUCAGUGGAAGUGCAAUGCAAGCAGUGACUGUUUGUGCUGAGAACACUAUCCCUUUCAUCGCCCUCUCGUCACCAUCUGUGCAGGAUCCAAACCAGCCAUUCCAGACCUCCUCCGUCCUAUCCUUGGCUCCACUGUCCCAGAAUCCUGUGCAGAAUGGUCCAGACGAUACGUCCAGCUGCAAGCCAUCCAGUGGCAGUGCCUGCAUUUCUCCACCCAAUGUUUCCACAUUGCUGGACAUCUCAUUGCCUGGCCCUCCAGAUGACGUGCUAUCACAAGGAGAACCUGUCACGCACAUCAGCGAUUCAAUUAUUGAAAUAGCCAUUAGCUCAGGGCAGUUUGGGGAAGCUGUCCCGUUGUCACCAGCCAAGCUGAACGACAGCUCCAAGAGUCUUCCUUCCCCCUCCCUGAGUCCUCAGCAGAACUGGAUCGCAUCUCCUAGCCAUGACCCUCAGUGGUACCCCAAUGAUUCCACGGAUUCCUCCCUCAGCAGCCUGUUCUCUAGCUUUAUUUCACCUGAGAAGGGUCGGAAGACCUUGCCAGCGGCCCACGGUGCAACCAGUGGCACAUCCUUACUGGGACCCACCUUGCUGGAUGGCAGCUCCCGGGAUUCAUUUGUAUCUCGCUCACUGUCGGAUGUCACUGAGGUAGUUGAUUCUCAGCUGGCUUGCUUGAUGAACGAGAAUAGCAUUGACUACAUCUCUCGCUUUAAUGACUUGGCACAGGAGCUUUCUGGCACAGAUUCCUCACGCAAAGAAUCCAUUGAAGUGGACACUCCAUCUGUGACCUGACCGAGGGAGAAUUCAUGUUUUAUAC